UUGCGUAACGCGAAGCGAAAUUACCUCGAGCGAGAACGUCGGCCCGCGUCAAUCUACUCCUAUUUGAUUCAUAUCCAGCUACUCGCCCCGUUCUUCUAACCAAAUUCAAUGGACGAAGAGAAGACCGACAAGUUUGACAGAAAGAAAUUCAUCUGGGGCGUCGUUAUUGUUCUCUGUAUCGCCCUGUCGUGGGUUGGAGCGACGCAAGCGACUAAGAGCACGUAUAAGGACCACUUUGAUGGGACAUUUUUCAUUGUUUGGUUCUCGACUUGUUGGAUGGUCGUCUGUUUUCCGGUUUAUCUGCUCAAGGAGACGCUCGUAACGAAGACUCCCGUGAAAGAAGUGCUAAGCAAUUCUCUUGCUCUUUUGAAAACUGAAAGUCGACCAUCGUUUACUCUUCCAACAUUAAUAAAUCUCAUCUGUGUCGUUUCCCCAUUUUGUCUACUCUGGAUAGCUACAAACUACAUGUAUGCCAAAGCGCUAGGUCUACAUGGCUUUGCACCAGCAGACGUCACAGCAUUAUUCUCAUCUGCUCCAGCGUUUGUCUAUAUUUUGUCAUUUUUUCUUUUGAAUGAGAAAUUUACUGCAUCGAAGGUGCUGGCAGUUGCCUUGGCGAUUACUGGAGUGGUGCUGUUUCAAUAUGCUAAUGGUUUUAGUGCUGUUACACUUGUGGGCUCACUUCUCUCGGUCGGGGCAGCCAUUGGUGCGGCACUGUACAAGACGUCGUUCAAGCGAUACAUUGGAGAUGCAUCACUGGCAGAGGUCGCCCUGUUUCUCACCACACUCGGCCUUCUCAACCUCGUCUUUCUCUUCUCCAUCUUCCUGAUCCUCAACGCCACCAACUCUGAGUCACUCUCAGCAUCACCAAUCCCAUGGAACUACCUCGUGGCAUCAGCCAUCCUCAGCCUAUUUUUCAACUUUUUUAUCAACUUCGGUAUCGCAUACACUUACCCUCUAUUCAUCUCUCUCGGCACAGUUGUCGGCAUUCCUCUCAAUGCAUUCGCCGAUGAAAUAUUCCGGGACAUUUCAUUCGGCGCAGUCAAGAUUGAAGGAUCUCUAUUUAUUAUCAUUGGCUUUUUGAUGCUGCUGCUGCCCGAUCGUAUUUCGAACGCUAUAAACACGGGUUUCUCUGCCAUGUUGUGUCUAGAUCGUAGCAAGUGCAGACGGCGACAACGAACAUUUACAGUUACACCAACUGGGACCACCAAUCUCGUGACAAAUGCUGACAAUUUGUCAGAGCAUAAUAUUUUUAGUUGAGGAUGUUGUUACAUAAAGUAGGUCUCGUAUAGCGUAUUAGUCACAUUUGUUGUCUUCAACACCGGAUUUGGCAAACUGGUUGGACAGUUUGGACUAUAGUUGCCCGCUAGUUUUAUAUCAUAAUGACGAGUGAUUUGUUCUACUAUACACGUAGCUGUAAAGGAAGCAAUGGAUUAAACUACCCCAUUGAUAUUAAUUAGUUUUGGAGUGGUACAAUGUAUUAAUUAGAUUAUUUUAGUGUUAUUGUUUUUAUCAACGUUCUUGUCUAAAAAAUAACUGAUUGUAACUGUAAUGAAAUUUAGUACACAAAACCUUUAAUUAAUAUAGUUAGCGACAAUGGCUACCACUCCAUGGUUUGGGGGUUCAAACCCUAGCGACAACAGUAAAUUAUGAA